AUGGACGGCCCGUCCGAGCACAAAGAGUUAGAAGCAGAACCAAAAGAAGAAUAUUAUUCUGAUGAGAGUGAGGAUGCGACUGAGGAUAGCGAGCCUAUGGAAGCUGUGGUAGUUAUCACAGCUCGACAUUCGCACCCAAGUCCUUACAAGAGCAUCCUCAGGAGGAUGUACCAAAGAGACCCUGCCUGGAUCGCUGUUGUAGUUGAGGACAAAAUCUUUGGUGAAAGAAUCACCAUCGGAUAUGAGAUUAGACAGGGCUGA